AUGUGGGAACAGCUGACAACCCUGGCCAAACGCAAAUGCGGAGCUAAACAAAAACCGAAAAACUUAAAAACCGGCAUAAAAUCCCACGCAAGUACAAGUGAACAAUGGACACCGAGGAAGUGAAGCGCGGCCGCGGACGAGGGCGUGGCACCAGGGCUCGCGGGCGCGGACGUGGCCGAGGACGCGGUCGUGGCAAGAAAAUCGACGACAGCAGCAUCGCCGACGCCGCAGCCCUGGCGGCCAGCAGCUGUGCAGCCCUGGAGGACAGUCCGGGAAGACUGGACGCCUCCGAAGAUUCGGUCAUGCAGGAGCUCGACAAGGACGGCGAACUGGAAACGCCCGGCGCUCUGGAGGAGCCCCUGCCGCACGGUGCGCUAGGAGCGGUCGCCGCCAGCGGGAACAUGACUCCAGCGACGCAACAGCCACAGGUCCUGCAGCAAGUGCCACCGCCCGUGAUGAGCCAAACAACUAUCUCGCUAUCUCUCGCCCGCGCAGUCGACAUGGAGGCGGACAUAUCGCAACUGGAGGCGCCCACUUUCACCACGCUUUCGCGCGGACCGCCGGAGCCGAUGCUGCGCCUUAAGUGGAACCACAAGGUGAGCCUGAUCGGCGAGAAGGUGCUGAACCCGAUGAUCCACUGCUGCGAUCAGUGCGACAAGCCGAUCCUCGUCUACGGCCGCAUGAUACCCUGCAAGCAUGUAUUUUGCCUCAAGUGCGCCCGCGCCGAGCCCAUCAAGAGUUGUCCCCGCUGCACGGACAAGGUGUUGCGCGUGGAGCAGAGUGGCCUGGGCACCGUGUUCAUGUGCACGCACGGCGGCAGUCGCUACGGCAGCUCCGGCUGCCGUAGAACAUACCUUUCGCAACGCGACCUGCAGGCGCACAUCAAUCACAGACAUGUGGCGCCGCAGCCGCCACCGUUGCAGCCACAGCCGCAGCUGUCAGCCAUGGCGGAGCAGCCAAAAAUGACGGAUCUGGGCGGCGUCGGUCUGGGCCUGGAGUUGCACAAGCAGCGCAAGGCGAGUGGUAGCUAUGGCUCCUAAACUAAGCUGUCCUGUCUAUAAAAAAACAACCGCUUGCCCCUUGCAGCUCUCCGAGUCGUCUGUCCCCAUAUCCGUUUCCGCCUCCAUUGCGUCCCGUCCCGUCCUGUCGCGGCUGCCACUGACCGGCGGUGUCGGUAACAUCGGUAGUAUUGGUAGUAUACCGCCACCAGGAUCCGCCGCCGCCGCCCAAAACGCCAUCCACGGCGGCCACUCGACGCUCACGCUGGCCAAUUUGACCAGGAUCAACAAUGCCAAUGCGCAGGAAUGUCACCAGGGCAAGGCCUCGCUGCACCACACGCUCAAGAAGGGCACGCCCCACCAGUCCGAGUCGGUGGCGGAUGCCUCCUACUACAGCAGCGUGCUCGCCUCCUUUGGCAGUGCGGCCGGGAAUCCGGGUUCUGGGCCACCCGGCGGUGGGGCAACAGCAGCAGCACAGCCCGCCAAUCCGAGUGGCAGCCAUUCCGCUGUUGGCCCAGGUGCCCUGAUUGGAGGCUCCACCGACGCGCCAACUGGUGGCUCGAGUGGCAACUGGCAGCAGUCGCAAUACUACAGAUAGGGGGACGAAAGCGAGGGGCUAGUAACCAGGGUAGACGCUUUAACGCAGGCACGCAGGCUUUUAAUUAAGUGAACAAGUGUAUGUUAAGCUGAACUGAACACUAUUAAAGAUAUUUUACGGGGUUAGGCCAACCCGAACCAAAAAAUAAAUGCUACUCCGGUUUU